CCAAAGAAGAAGUACAGACACUGCAACCAUGAAGAUAGCUACAGUGUGUAUAGUGUUUCUGGUAUCGGUAAGUGCUCGACAGGAGAGUAAAGAGUUGGAUUUGGAAAGCUUGCAAGGUGCCAUAAAAAACAGUCCACUUUUUAGUGGAGGAUUAAAGGAUACUCUGAAGAUAGAGGGAGAACAAAGUAAAUUUAAGUUACCAAGCGUCGAGACUAUAAAAAUAUUAACAGAAGAAGCAAUUGCCAACUUCAACAAAACUGAGCAAGAACAUAAACAGUUCUUUGAAAAAAAAAUUGAUAAACCAAAUCUUGAGACGCCAAUGUUCGGACCUCACUUGCUAACGGAUCAAAGAUCUUUAGCUUUAAACAAACCUGGGCAGAUAAUUGCAGAGGUCACAGAAAAUAUAGUACAAGCUACAAGAGGAAAACAAGAAAGUAAAUCUCUGAGUUCCCAAGAUAGAUUUGAAAUAUCCAACAUAAUCCAGGGACUUCGUAGAAUUCCGACACUCCCAAGAUGUCCAUAUUCAGCUGCAAUCGACUGUUCCUCAGCUGUUGAUUUCAGAACUAACGAUGGAUCCUGUAAUAAUUUGGCGCAUCCUUAUUGGGGGAAAUCUUUUACACCGCUUGAGAGAUAUCUUACUCCUGAGUUUGGAGGUGCAGGAACAAACUUGCCAAGAGCAAAUGGAGUAUCCGGUGCUUUACCAGGAGCUAGAGAAAUCAGCACAAUUGUACACACAGCCAGUGUUGCUCCUGAUCACCUUACCCCCUCAUUAAGUUACUUUGUGAUGCAGUUUGGGCAGUUUCUGGAUCAUGACAUUACAAAGACAGCAAUAUCAAAAGGUUAUCAAGACAGUAACAUACAAUGUUGUGGAAACCCUUUACGAAGGGGCUGUUUUCCUAUUAAUGUACCUCUAGGCGAUCCAUUUUACAUGGGGAAUGUAGACUGUCUAAACUUUGUUAGAUCAACUGCAACCCCAAAUUUGGAUUGCUCAUUUGAUUAUCGUCAACAAUUAAACGAAUUAACCCAUUAUAUUGAUGGGUCCAGUGUUUACGGAUCAAAUGAUGAUGAAUUAGCUCAACUGAGAGACGGAACGACAGCAAAGAUGAAAACUUCUACCGGAAAUAAAUUGCCAUUAGAUAUACCAAAUGAUUCCGGUUGUGAUUUGUCUCUAAAUCAAUGCUUUCUAGCAGGAGAUAAGAGAGCAAACGUAGUACCAGGACUUAGUUCUUUGCACACCAUCUGGGUCCGCGAACAUAAUAGAAUCGCCGACUAUUUGAAGGCUAACAACCAGUGGACCGAUGAGGUUGUUUUCAAAAAUGCCAGAAAAUUUGUUUCAGCAGAAAUUCAGCAUAUUGUCUACAAAGAAUUUUUACCUAAGAUUUUACAUCCUUUCUUUAUGUUUAUAUUUGGUUUGAAUCCGUUGUCUUCCGGAUAUUUCACUGGAUACAAUCCAAAUGUGAAAGGUAUUAUCAGAAACGAAUUUUCUACAGCGGCAUACAGAUUUGGACACAGUUUGUUGAGAGAUCAUUCCUUCUUUAACAGUGACUUACACACAUUACACAACCAAUUCAACAACCCUGACCUACUGUACCAGCCCCAGGGUAUUGAAGGGUGCACAAGGGGACUAUACAGUCACACAUCUCAAGGAAUGGAUGAACUUUUGACUCCGGAAAUAACUAACAAAUUAUUCCAGACAGCGCCCUUUAAUGGAGGUGAUUUGGCAGCUUUUAAUAUACAAAGAGGUCGUGAUCAUGGGAUACCACCAUAUAGUAAAAUGGUUGAAGCCUGUUUUGGGUCAGGAUAUGUAGCAACUAACUUCAAUCCAGGUGUUUUCGGUGGACUGAUAUUCCACAGUGCAACUGCAGCAGCGAAACUAAGUUCGGCUUACAGUGACCCCGCAGACAUGGAUUUAUUUACUGCUGGUACUGCAGAAAACAGACUGUCUGGUAGUACACUUGGUCCAACAUUCUCAUGUAUUAUAGCAUCACAAUUCAAAGCCCUGAAGGAUGGAGACCGCUUCUUCUACGAGUCAAACGUGGCUAAUCCAUUUACCACUUCUGAAUUGAACAGCAUCCGGCAAACUACUAUGGCCAGAGUAAUUUGUCAGAACACAGAUAUCACAAGUUUACAGAAAGAUGUUUUCUACCGGGAAAACCCUAUCACUAACCAGAUAGUAAACUGUAAUGACAUAACAGCUUUACCUCCCUUGAAACUGCCAUGCACACCGAAACAUGGUGGAUGGAGUUCAUGGAGAAGAACGAGUUUUUGUAUUGAAAGACGAUAUUGUACAAUGCCACGACCAAAUGACUGUGGAAAUCCUUGUUCUGGAAGAAAAAAAAGAAUUACUUGCAUCCUGAAUCCUGCUACUCGUAAGCCUGCAACUCUACGGCCUUCAAGAUCUGAGAUAUUGGACUUUUAAAUUUGCAUUUUAACCUUAUAAUAUAAAGGUGAUGCUUCUAUUGUUUUGUCUGUCCUUUAAAAGGAUAAACUUAGUAAAGUUAAAUCAAGUAAUUUUAUGGUUAAUUUUUUUUUUCUGUUAUGGUGAUUUUUAAAUAAAUACUUCAUUUUUAAGUAAUAAAUUGCCGUUUUCAACUCUACUUGUUCUUUCCUUAAAGACCUUUCUUAAAGACCUUCUUGUAAUUUCUGAGCCUAUGUUUUACCUGCGGUGAUGAAAUAUUACAUGUCAAACAUAACCCUUACAGGGUAUACUGUAUUUAUGUUAUAAAAUAAAGAUUGUAUCGGUAUUAUUUU